UGUGACGCAUUCAUGUCGUUUGAUUCAAAGGCAUAAUGUCCAGCCAGCGCGCGUCCUUAUACAAAGCAAGCACCCAAACGCACCUCAUCCAGUCUCUUAUUAUUUGGGAGCGUCACCUGUCCAUGAGAAUCAUGGCCAGUCUCAAGAGCGAAACCAAGAAGGAAGCCAAAAUGAGGAUACGCGCCUUCCCUAUGACAAUGGAUGAGAAAUAUGUGGAGAACAUCUGGGCCGCUCUAAAGAAUGCCAUCCAGGAGAUUCAGAGGAAGAACAACAGUGGGCUGAGCUUCGAAGAGCUGUACAGGAACGCCUACACAAUGGUGCUCCACAAACACGGGGAGAAGCUUUAUGCAGGCCUUAGGGAGGUGGUCACAGAGCAUCUCAUCAACAAAGUACGGCAAGAUGUCCUAAAAUGUCUAAACAACAAAUUUCUGCAAAUCCUAAAUCAAGAGUGGAAUGAUCAUCAAACAGCUACCAUUAUGAUAAGAGACAUCCUCAUGUACAUGGACCGAGUUUAUGUCCAGCAAAACAACGUGCAGAAUGUGUACAACCUCAGCGUCAUCGUAUUCAGAGACCAGGUGGUCCACUACAGCUGCAUUCGAGAACACCUAUGGCAGACGCUACUGGACAUGAUUAAACGAGAAAGAAGGGGAGAAGUUGUAGACAGGGGAUCUAUCAGAAACACCUGUCAGAUGCUGAUGGUUCUCGGCCUGGACAGCAGAAUUAUAUACGAGGAAGACUUCGAGCGUCCGUUCUUAGAAAUGUCAGCUGAAUUCUACCAGAUGGAAAGCCAGAGGUUUCUCGCAGAAAACAGCACCAGCAUCUACAUCAAAAAAGUUGAAGCCAGAAUCAACGAGGAGAUCGAACGCGUCAAACAUUGCUUGGACAAGUCAACGGAAGAGUCCAUCGUCAAGGUGGUGGAGAGGGAGCUGAUAACAAAACACAUGAAAACCAUAGUGGAGAUGGAGAACUCUGGAAUGGUCCACAUGCUCCAAAAUGGCAUAACGGAAGACCUAAUGUGCAUGUACAAGCUGUUUAGCCGUGUCCCAAAUGGCCUUAAAACAAUGUGUGAUUGUAUGAGCUUAUUCUUGAGAGAGCAGGGCAGGGCUCUUGUGUCAGAGGAAGGAGAGGGCAAAAACCCAGUCGACUAUAUCCAGGGACUGCUGGAACUGAAGUUGGUUUUUGACCAUUUCCUACAUGAGUCUUUCAACAAUGAUAAACUAUUCAAACAAACCAUAGCUGGAGACUUUGAGUAUUUUCUCAAUCUUAACUCCCGCUCACCAGAGUACCUAUCGCUCUUCAUCGAUGAUAAGCUCAAGAAAGGAGUUCGAGGGUUGACAGAACAGGAGGUAGAGGUGAUUCUGGACAAAACCAUGGUGUUGUUCAGGUUUCUGCAAGAGAAGGAUGUUUUUGAAAGGUACUACAAGCAGCACCUGGGACGGCGACUGCUGAGCAACAAGAGCGUCUCGGACGAUUUAGAGAAGAGCAUGAUCUCCAAGCUCAAAACGGAAUGUGGCUGCCAGUUCACCUCAAAACUAGAAGGGAUGUUUCGCGAUAUGACCAUCUCCAACACCACAAUGGACGAGUUUAGGCGGCACGUACACGUCACGUCGGCGUCUCUGUGUGGUGUGGACCUGACUGUCCGAGUCCUCACUACUGGUUACUGGCCCACGCAGUCAGCUACUCCAAGAUGCACCAUCCCCCUCGCUCCUCAGCAUGCUUUUGAGGUCUUCCGGAGGUUUUACCUCGCCAAACACAGUGGUAGACAGCUCACGCUGCAGCAUCACAUGGGCGGGGCGGACUUAAUUGCAACUUUCUACGGCGCUUUGAAAAAAGAUGAUGGAUCUGAAGCUAGCGUGGGAGGUACUGCAAUGAGUGGCUCAAACGCUCGUAAGACUAUUCUCCAGGUGUCCACCUUCCAGAUGACCAUUCUCAUGCUUUUCAACCACAGAGAAUGUUUCUCGUUUGAGGAGAUCCAUAAUGAGACAGAUAUACCCAGAUGGGAAUUAUUUCGAGCGUUGCAGUCUUUGGCCUGUGGAAAGCCAACACAAAGAGUUCUCACCAAAGAGCCAAAGUCCAAGGAGAUCGAAAAUGGACAUUUGUUCACGGUCAAUGACCAGUUUACUGCCAAAGUUCACAGAGUCAAAAUACAGACAGUUGCUGCUAAACAAGGUGAAUCUGACCCAGAGAGGAAAGAGACACAGCAGAAAGUGGAUGACGACAGGAAGGUUAUGAUUGAGGCAGCCAUAGUGCGCAUCAUGAAAUCCAGAAAGAAGAUUCAGCACAAUGUCCUGGUGGCCGAGGUAACUCAGCAGCUGCAGGCACGCUUCCUCCCCAGCCCCGUGGUCAUCAAAAAGCGCAUAGAAGGACUUAUAGAGAGGGAAUACUUGGCAAGAACUCCAGAGGACAGGAACAUGUACACCUACAUUGCCUAGAGAGGGCUGUGCAGUGGUGAACUACGGGCUGAGGACUGGGCGAGUUCCUUUUGGCGAGCUACACAGAAAUUCCAACACAUCUUCAAGAUCAAGGGAGCCACUAAUGUUCUGUUACCCCACCAGAGAUCGGACUGACCAAUCCUUUGUGAAAAGCGUGAAUCCACACCCUAUUUUUGUUGUUUCAAUGCUGUAUAGAAAAUUUAUUUUGAAAUUGUAAAUUGCCACCAAAAAUUGAAAUAAAUUGUGCAAUUGCUCAUCAUUAAGAUAUUCUGAAACUGAUCAUAUUUUUUUUUAGCUUCAUACCCUGAAACUGAUUCGAAAGUGUCGAAUGACAUUGUAAUGGGUACACAGAAAGUGUAUCCGUUGAAGCACGUGGAAACCUCCCCGCCGAUUCCUUCAUGUAAGGACGCUAGCGGCUGCGCCGUUGGCUCGAGCUUUAUUGGCGCAGUGGUUACCGGACUUGCCUGCCGACUAGAUUUGUCGCGGCGCGCGGGUUCGCGUCCCAGCUGUUGGGAAUCAUUCAUACCUUAAAAUAUUACGCAAUAAUUACCUGACUCCGUUUUAGUGUUAUAUAAGUUUUACCUUAUCACCAAACACUCUUCCAACAAUUACGCGUAUUCGUUCUGAAAAGAAAGGCGUCAGGAAGCCGGCAUUUUCACACACGAGUGGAUUUAUUCCUAACAAGCAAAUCUAAUACAGCACUCGGGUCUCAGGUCCCUCUCAGUACAGCCUCGUACUUCCCUGUGUCUAUCAGGAGAAGCACACACCCCGAGUUGCCCAAGAAUGAUUCAUACUACACAAUAUGCAAAUACAUGUUCCUAUCGACUAUUGAUUGGCUAUGUGAUCUCUGCAAUUAUUCUUAGCUUGCUCUGAUUGGUUUAAAUUCCCCUGCAGGAUGGCGGGGUCUUCUCUCUUUAUCUCCGGGGGGUCCCUCUCAGUAUGUGGGACAGCCGGGUUGUUUUCCCGCCUUUUGAGACAA